AUGGGAAGUACGUUCUCGUAUCUUUUUAAUCGUCUUCUGGGCAAAGAAGAUGUUCGCAUCCUAAUGGUUGGCUUGGACAACGCCGGAAAAACGACCAUUUUGUAUCGUCUAAAACUCGAAGAGGUUGUCUCAACGGUCCCCACAUUAGGAUUCAACGUGGAAACCGUUACUUACAAGAAUAUAAGUUUUACAGUUUGGGAUAUUGGCGGGCAAGACAAGAUCAGAAAUCUCUGGAGAGUUUACUUCCAGGGGACACAAGGGCUUAUCUUUGUUGUAGACAGCGCUGACAAAGAGAGAAUCGAAGAAGCAAGAUUAGAGUUGCAAAAGCUUUUGAGCGAGGAGCUCCUUGCAAAUGUUGUGCUGCUUGUAUUUGCAAAUAAACAAGACAUGCCUGAUGCAAUGAGCGCUUCUGAGGUCCGGGAAAAGCUUGGUUUGGUAAACACUCGAAACAGACCAUGGUUUGUCCAGUCUUCCUGUGCUGUCAAAGGAGAAGGUUUAUAUGAAGGACUAGAUUGGCUGGCAGGUCAGAUUAAACAAAGGAAAUCCUGGAUUUGA